UAUGUUUUGUGAAUAUUGCAAACGAACUGGACAUGUCAAAGAUAGGUGCUACAAACUUCAUGGUUAUCCAACCAACACAAGAAAUCCAAGAGGGAGAGGCAAAGGAUCUGCAGCAAAUGUACAUACCUCUGAAGGUGAUGGGAACAAAUGUGAAGAAAAUUUUGAGCAGGGAAAACAAAUGCCAGUGAAUCUGUCAAAAAGUCAAUAUGAACAGUUACUCAAUUUACUUGGAAAUGUGCACGUUGGAGCUGAAUCUGAUUACUUAAACAAUGUGUCAAGUGGAGCUGCAAGCUUAGCAGGACCCUUCUCUGAAGAGCCCUCUGGCACUUGGUAAGGCAAGGAAUGGUUUGUAUUUCUUUUGUUCAAAGUGUCACAUUCCAUCUGUAAAUGAUGAUAUUGUUUCUCAUCAGAAGUGUCAAUC